AUGCAUUACUCAACAUUCACCACAUCCGACAACUGCCUCCUGGCCUUUCAAUCCUCCAUCCCCCUCCCCCCGCCCUCAGACCCAAGUAACCCAACCCUAACAACAACCACCACCCCCACCACCCCCACCACCUGCAUCCUCCUCCUCCACGGCUUCUCCGGUUCCUCCGUCUACUUCACCCACAACAUCGCCGCCCUCUCUGCCCCCGGCCACUGGGUCAUCGCCCCGGACCUGCGCGGCCACGGCCGCUCCGGCCACAACCCCGCCCACGGCGGCUACCACGUCGCACGACUCGCAGCCGACCUGCACGAGCUGCUCACCCACCUGCGCACCCUCCUCCCCGCCACCACCCACCUCAAGGUAGUUCCCAUCGGCUGCUCCAUCGGCGCCGCCAUCCUCUGGACCCACCUCGAGCUGUUUGGUGGCAGCGACGCCUUCGCGGGCUACAUCUUUGUGGACCAGGCGCCGCUGCAGGACCGCGCGGCGCUGGGACUGGGCGGGGAGUGGGGUGCCGGGCUGGCGCAUGCCGGGUGCUAUGAUGAGGCGACGAUGCUGGCGGCGCAGAGGGUGUGGGUGGAGGAGCCGGCGCGGGCGUAUGCGGGGCUGGUGAGGGAGUGUUUGGGGUAUCGGUUUAGGCCGGGCGAUGGGGAGGGGGACGUGGUGGUGGCGGGGGGGCGGGCGGAGAGGGAUGAGGCGUUUUUUGUGGGGGUGAGUGCGCAGGUGGGGGAUCGGGUGUGGUUGGUGAGGCUGUUGGCAGAUCAUACGAGGUAUGAUCAUCGCGAGGCGUGUGAGGGGUUGGGGAGGCCGGUGUUGGUGAUGGCGGGAAGGAGGAGCGGGUGUUUUACGUUAGAGGGGAUGGAGGAGACGGUGAGGAGGGCGAGGAAAGGGGGCAAUGGUGAUGCGGAGAUGGUGGUGUUUGAAUCGGGACAUUGGUUGUUUUGGGAGGAGCCGGAGCGGUUUAAUCGGGAGGUGCUCGCGUUUGUGGAGCGAUGCACACGGGACGCCAAGCUGCGCAAGCACAUUGGCAGGGCCCCGUGCCAACCAGAUAUUCAUCUUUUCCUCGCUUUUUACCCACACCAUGCCCAGCAUGCCGGCGGCGUUGGUGUCUAUCCCGUCCCAACCGGCCGAGCGCCGCGGUACGACCACCAGCCAGUUCCGGUCCAUAAUCACGUUAUGAGGCACGGCCGCCUCUCCCUCCAGCGCCGCGUGGCCGAGGGCUCGCUCUGCCCGGCGGAGAAGCGCGCGGUAGAUGCUCAGUAG